AUGACAUUAAUCAUCCUUUCAAAUGAUGGUGAGAAUAAUGGUCCCUUAAUAUUAAUGUUUCAGGUCAUAAAUUUACUGAAUGCUGAAGGGGAUAAAAUCGACAGUGAAGUUCGAAUUGCUAAAAUGUGUAAGGAAAAUGGCUUGUUCCAUUAUAGACAUCGAGUAUAUUUCAACGCUUCUAAUUGGUUAUUGGUGAAGCGAUGUUUCAUGGAUGCAAUUUCUCUCGACAUGACUAAAAAAGGGUCUAAUGGACAAAACGAUAUAAUUAAAGAAUUGAAUUCACUGGUUCUCAAGCAUUUCACUUUAGUUACUUCUCUGCUUUGGGCGAAUGAACCAUUGUUUAAUGAACGUUUAUGGCUCAAAUUUAUACAAUUCAUAAUUCGAAACAUGAAAAUGGGAUUUCUUGAGCAAGCACUAAACAGCGAGAACAAAAGAAUGAAUCGACUGUCGAUAAGAAACAUAAAACCUAAUAAUUAUGAGAGAUCAAUUAAUGAUUAUGACGAUCAUGAUGGAGAAAGACCCCAUUCGGCAUUGAUGAUUUAUUCCUUAUCGCUGAAUAUAAACAAGCAUUCUGUCGCGAGAUCAUCAAGUGUUGACAGCAUUAUCAGAGACUCUAACAAUACAGAAUCAAGACAACACAAUGAAAGUCGUGGUGAAUCGAUGAAUCGAACUGAAUCUCACUGA